AUGUGUGUGUGUGUGUGGAAACGAUAUAAACCCACAUGCUGGCAGGCCCUCCUUAUCGUGGAUUCUUCCGGCGAUGAGGAUGAGCCCCCGGUGGAGGAGAUACAGGAUUCGGAGCCGGAGCCGGAGAAGUGGCCUGAGCCAGAGAAGCUCCCCGAUGAUGCCUUUGUGAACUUGAAGGAUCGCGAGCGGCUCCUUCCUGAGGGGAGCUACAUGAAAUUGGAUGAACAUGCCGUGGACGACCUUCUGGGUGACGAGCCCUUAGACCUGGGUGACCUCCGUGCUGAGCAGUGGAAUCUUCGUGCUGUUUCGAAGCAGGACAAAGCCAUCGCUGUGCUCAAACGGGCAGCCAAAAAAACGAAGGCAGUUCAUGCGCACGAGGCGAAAAAGCACGCCAAGGCCGGGAACCAUGCCGAUGCCGAGCAGGACGAUGGAAUGGCUCAGGAUUCUGAUGCUCAGGACGAUGGAAUGGCUCAGGAGUGUGCUCAGGACGAUGGAAUGGCUCAGGAGUGUGCUCAGGACGAUGGAAUGGCUCAGGAGUGUGCUCAGAACGAUGGAGUGGCUCAGGGGUGUGCUCAGGACGAUGGAGUGGCUCAGGGGUGUGCUCAGGACGAUGUGGCUAAGGACGAUGGAGUGGCUCAGGCCUCUCAGGACGAUGGAGUGGCUCAGGACGAUCAGGUGGAUGAUCCAGUGUCGCAUGGCAUCCGUCGGGCUUCUGAGCUGGAGAAGGCUUGCUUGCUGGAUCCCAUGGCCCAUCAGGUGGCUGUCCCCGACACCCCACUGAAAACCCCUGACCGUGUGCCCGAUGAUGAGUUGACACCAAGCACACGCAAGGUUCUCCGCAACACAUCCUCAUACAAGGCUGUUUCGUCCCCUGUGCCGUUCUUGAGUGACAUGGCCAUGAACGACAUGCUUGUGGGCGGCAUGCACCAGGAUGUGGACAUGGGUACCGGUGCAGCAUCCGCUGCAGAAGGGCAGAUGGUGCUGCCCAGGGUUCUCUUCGCUGAGCAGUCAGCUGGGUCUACUGAUGAGGUUGUACCUGCUGAGGUGGAUCCGGAGCUGCUGCACGACAACCCAUACUCCCGUGAGGCAGCGAAGCGGGCGAAGGAACCCAGCACUGCUGCGAUCCCGACGCCCCAGAAGCCUGAUUCCAAGAAGGCUAGGUUGGAGGAGCAGCGGCGAAUUCGCCACGAGAGGGCCCAGGAGUCGUGGGACAAUGUUGUGUUUCCUCUCCGGGACGAUGUCCCGGAUGCAAUGCCGUCAAGUGUGGAUCGGAACGGACAGCUGAGCUACACGAUCUCCCGGCCAGCGGAUGUGCCCUUCAUGCCCGAGAUGCCUAAGGACGGCCCGAAAGGUAUUCAAGUCAUUCUCAAUGCUCGGACAUUCUAUGUCAGCCUCUCCGUCUUUCAUGAUGAGUUUGAGAUCGAAGCUUCUUUGUCCGCACGCCAGCUAGAUCUGCAGGUGUGA